AACGACUCAGGGACUUGCCGCCCUGUUAGUGAGGCGUUCAGCAACAGGAGCACAAAGAUAGAAAGAGAAGGUAAAAGGUAAAAAAGUGACAUUGUCAGUCUCGGUUGAAACAUGACUUUUUGUUGUAUUUAUAUACAAGAUGAGGCUAAUAAAUACAGGCCGCAAGAUGCCUUUUCCCAGUCUAGAUGCCCUUAUAUGGGCUGUGUAAAAAUGGAAACCAUAAACAAUCACCACCCGCUAAAUGCUAAUAAAACCAGGAAAAUCGAAAAGUAAAUCAAAAGCUGAAUAGACCACUGCGACGCUUGCCUAGAGGGUACACCACAAGCGCGCUGAUGAAUAGACCGACAGCAAUGCCAAUCGCAAUCUGAACCAUGGACGCUGCAACGUCAAAGACGACACUGCUCAGCUGCCCGCCGUUGAACUGGGAUGUGCUAUUCGCCGGCGUCGUAGUUCCGUUGUUCUUGGAGUUGGUCAGCAGGUUGGCUGUUUGCAAACCGCUUAGGAGACCGCCUGUAGAAGCUAAACCUCCCGGCACUUGGACGAAGAUGGCAGGGAUCAAGGUUGCUGCCGCGACGCCAUGCCUGAUUCGAGAGUAUAAAUUGGCCAAUACUCCCACGCAGAGCGCUCCCAAAGUAUUUGCAAUUUGUGGACUAGCUUUGAACUUUUGCCCACUAAAGUAGUUGACAACAUAGCCAGCAAACGCAAUGAUGAUCAUCAUCGGCAUCUGUCGCCAUUUGGCUUGGUAGAGAAUGCUGAUGCAGAUGAUGAAAAAGGGAACGAAUAUGAAAGCAAGCUCUCCGUCCAAAGGAUUAUCGCAGGUUGUUUUAGAUGUCGCUUCUGCAUCAAAGAGGCCCCAGAGAGCAGCGCCUACUGUGAUGCCGAAACCGAUGAGCAAAGAAUAUACAAUGGCGUACACAAUACGGAUGGAGCCUGGAACAAUGGCGCGAGAUUGUAAUUCCAGAGCGGAACACACUGGUAAAAGGGUUAGCAGAUGUUAUUUGAACAAGGCUAAUAAACAAGAAGAGACUUACAAACGGCGUAGCCUGGAAGAAGCAUGACAAUGCCACUUUGAGCCAACGCACUGAAGCAGAAGAGCGAUCCGCCUCUGAUACUUCCAAAGGCUCUAGCUAGGAAGCUGAUCAAGACUGUCGCUGUAACUUCAAACACGUUGCUAUAAAAGUUUGAUCUCGGUGCAACGAUAAUUUGAAGUAAUCCAACAAUGCAGCCAAAUAGAAAGAUAAUUGGUAGAUCGAUAAGACGGGCUUUGAACGAAAAUGGUGCAGCCAUUGCUGAUGUGAAGCCGAAGACAAGAACGCGGAACCAUUCGCUGAACUUGUCUUUUGCAUUAACAAGGUCUUCUAGUCUCUCCGUGCCUUCCUCAACACCAAUCACGUCGUGCAUGACUUCCUUAUAAAUAUGAUGUACAUCUUUCAGCUUGCCCAGAUCAAUACCCUGGACAAGGCGGACGAUGCGGACUUCGGUCGUAUGCGUGGAUUUGUCGUCAAAAGAGAUAAUCAUGCAACCGGGCAGGUAGAGGAAUUGGCCUUCAAUCUCCAGUACUCGGGCUGUCAUGCUCAGAUACUCUUCUAAUCUAUGCGUGGGUGCUCCAAACAGCAUCAGAGCUCGACAGAGCUUGAUAAUAUAUCCCUGGCGAGCUAGCGUCUCAGCAAUAUGUACGGUAAUUCGGGCCUCCUCCUUUUGCCAGUAGGCGCUUAGACGAGCAGCACUGUUACUCCUUUUGUAACCGGGUCGCUUUUUCGCAUGUUUCUUGUCUGUUUCAGUGUCAUGCUUUGACUGAUGGCCCAAGGCAGGGUUGGCAAGUCGUGCAGAAGCUUCAAUCAAGUUUGCCAGCGUAUCCUGAGACUUGUUCUGUUCAUACCAUUUCUUUCUGCUGGGGGUAGUAGUCCCCGACUCCGAUCCUGGAGUGUGAGGUCCCGUAGAUGAAGUUGAGCGAUGGCGACGAUGACUCAUGUAAUUGGUACCACCUCCAAGAGGAUUCUCUGUUGAUUUGUAGAGCCGGAGGAGCUGCGACAGCACACCUCCACGGUACUCCUCUGGGGGAGGCACCGUGUAAACUCCAUCGUAGAUUCCACCGUUUGUAUCACUCGGAACCACCUGGCUGCUACUGCCUUCUCCAUUAUCCUUGUUCGUAUGGAGAUGAGUCGCUGGGUUGUCUCGAUAUGCUCUGGUAUGAGAGCGGACAAGAGACUGUGCCUCCUCUUGAAGGUAUUGCGAUUCUUCUAGCGCAGAUUGAGAGUCCCCAUAACUUUGGUGUCCAUUGUCUGCUGUUUGGUGAGGAUAUACAGAUAGGUCUUGUAAUGGAAUGUCGCUUUCGUGGCCUUGGUCGAUUAUAACAUGUUCGUUCGAUUCGACGGAUGCCCGUGGAGAAUUUCGCUGUAGCUUAUCGGCAAUUUGGCGGGCUCUUUCAUGCGCAGCAGCAGCAGAUAUCGAUUUUUCCGAAGCAUCCAGCGACUCCUGUUGAAAUUGCUGUAGUGUGGGAACUGAUCCCGAUGAGCCAGCUCUCAAUGCAGAGGGCCGGACUAGCUUCGCAGGAGACGGCGAUCGCUCCGGAGAAGGAAUGACUAAAUGACCACCGACUGGUCUUUGUGUAAGUGCUGCAUUGCUAUUAAAUCGAACGCGUCCCUUUUCUUUGCGUGCUGCAGCAGCGUGCACCUCUGCUUGGCCAGGUUCUGCUAGGGGCGUUGUAGGACCAGAGUUACUGGAUCCGGUGUAGGCGUAGUCCUUCGGGCUUGAGCCGGCACCGGCGUCCGGAUCGCUUUGCUGGGAAGACUCGUGCGACUGGUCCAUGACGGGAGGACAGCGAUGGUCAAUCAAUGGUUGCCGUCCAAGAACAAUUGAAGUAAGGAAACACGGCGACAACCUCCGGUGAAGACAUGAAAAAAAUCUAUCACGAAGGGGUGGACCAGACUGGUAUUUCAGGCUGGUCACCUGGCGCCUUGGUUUGGUUCCCCGCCAUGCAACUUGAAAAAAAAAAAUGGAUAAGCCCACUCUUCUAGACCCCUAAACGUCGCGCGUGGCCUAGCGGCUAUAGCGCCGACCAAGAACUAGCCCCGGCCCCGGAAACAUCGUGGACUCGAAGGAGCAGCAUGAUGACGUUUUUUGGUGGGUAUGAGUGCCGCGCAUCCGAAAUAUUUCGACGAGACGGGUAUUCUAAGCCAUCACAAACACAUAGCCUGUACAGUGUGAUUCCCUUAAUCCACUUGUUGGCAUAUGUCAUUGCGCAUUUGCUAGGAGCUGCACCUUGUGUUGAACCUGGGCAGUAGUUUGCCACGCUCCAGAUGUCUGUCACCUUGCUGGCGGAGCCUGUUGAUGAUGCCAGUGGGUAACAGUGGGACGAAGGAACUGACCGCAUACGAUGGUAAGCAGCUUGGCCAUAUAAAGACAAUUGCCCUGGCCGACUUGAGAAGCUCAGACUCGCGUGCGACGAGCCGACUGGAAAUGGCGCGGAGAUACUUUGUCGUUGCCUUUAAACACGACCGUUGCGGUGACAUGCAUGUCGUUAGCCGUGCAGUUCGGAUGGUCCGGCAGGUGGUGAGUUGGUGGCUAAAACCGCGUGCGAGUACCUUGCUCGCACGUGUGGGCUGGCCACUCAGGCGAUGAGAAGGCCGAGACUUUGCUUGCGUAGCACUCUAAAAAUAAAGUAGAGUAAUUGGCAAGGGAAAGCGCAGCAAAGUAGAAGGGGCAAAAUUUUCUUCGUUCCAGCAUCAAUGUUCUGAAUAGAAAAAAAGAGAGAAGAACAAGACACUCAAGACGAUCGUGUUUUAUCCAUCUAUUGUAGUCGUGUAACACAAUGCGUUGUUCAACUUGUUGCCGUGCCAACCCGUUUUAACAUCUGCGUAACCCUAAGCUUCAUACUUCGCGUUUGUCGCGUCAAGUGGCUCACGAACGCCGUAAAGCCAACGACAAAUUAUGGCACGACAAAAUACGUACGGGAAGAGAGCCAAAAAAUCUCAAGCGGCGCGGUUGUUUGCCGAGCUACCACAGAGCCCGCUACGGAAGCCCCAGAUAGAGCCUGCAUCUCAUGACGUGGAAGACUUGACCAGCGAGUUUGCAAAGGUUCACAUCGAGCAGACUCCCCAAAAAUUGAAAAGCCCGCUUCGAAAUCUUGAUUCAAAGAGAUUCUCUGACUUUAAUGCGACACUCAGAUCGUUUGUCGAAGAAGCAAAGUUGAAUUCUCCUGCACCCAAGAGAUGUCUGGGUGCUGAAAUUUAUACAGACUCGGCAGAAGACAGCAUAUUAUCAAAUCAUGGAGACGUAGAGGAUAACGACAAUUCAGAAAAUAUUACUGUCCAUGAUUACGAAGAGUCCCUACGCAUAUUGACGUGGGACGAUGUUUGUCCAGCGGAGGAUCGAAUCGAAAAGAUUGCCGAAGCCUCGUCCGCUGAGGUCUAUCGGAUAACGAAUGACCAUGGAACAAGUAUUAUCAAGGUCGUGCGUCUAGACUCUCCAAUCAAGGCGCAAACGAAAACUCAGGUUCUGUCGAAGCUGAUAGAUGAACAACCACACCCAGUUGGCGACUUGGAUGGCGAACUUCAAAUAUCACAGUGGCUCGCCGACAUACCGGGCUUUGUUAUCUACAAGGAGCAGUAUAUUGUACAAGGGAAGACAACCAAGAAGUUACUUGAAACCCAUCAGAAGUUUCAGCGUAAACUUAAGAGACAAGAUCCUGGGCGGGCUCAGUUUUACCCGUCUCCGAGCCGGUACCUUGACGAGACCAAGUUUUUGGUUGUUGAGUUGGGCGAUGCUGGAACUGCUUUAGAAGAUUGGAAGAGCAACACGGAAAGCCAACUGUGGGAUAUUUUCUUCCUUGUUGCAAUCGCCCUCGCUCGAGCUGAAGAUCUCGCCAUGUUUGAGCAUCGAGACUUGCAUGAAGGCAAUCUCUGUAUUCGAAGCAUUUCGAAAGAACGCAAGCGAUCCAUAAGAUCAGACGGCCCAUAUUACGGAUAUUCGGGUCUUGAUAUCACUAUACUGGACUACGGCCUGUCACGCGCCGAAGACUUGGAGAUCGACUACGCCAAACCCAUCUUUUGCGAUCUUGAAAAAGAUCUAUCCUUAUUCACUAGUACUCACGCGCAUCAGUGCGAAGUUUACCGGCAGAUGAGAUCAUUUCUUUUGCGCGCAGAUCGGACCUGCCUUCCACCAGACGCACACAAAACGCCAUAUGCCAGAGGGAUGAACGGGACAUUGUCUUGGGAUGUGUAUGCCCCGUACACCAAUGUACUAUGGCUUGCAUACCUGUAUAAAUACUUGACGGACAAAUUCCAAGGCGAUGACAACGAUCUUGCCAACUUCCAAGAAAAGACCAAGGAACUUUGGAUGUAUCUGGACAGUAAUGCAGCAGAGGACACGCCUUGUUUUGGAUCUGCCGCCGAAGUGGUCUGUUUCGCUGUUGAAGCUGGAUGGAUUAGCGAGGCGCAGCUGGCGAGCUCAGGCACAUCAAUACUUCAGCAGGACGAGACCAGCUUAUAG